CAAGACAGUCACCAAACACUCAUCAUGCUAACUCUCACCCUGGUCACCGGCAACAGGCACAAGAUCUCUGAGCUCAAUGCAAUCUUAGGCAGCUCAGCCAUCUUAAAUUCAAUCGACCUCGAUCUGCCCGAGAUCCAGGGCACCGUGGAAGAAAUCACCCGGGAAAAAUGCCGUGUGGCCGCCGAGAAGAUCGCUGGUCCGGUCCUAGUCGAGGACUCUGCGCUGGAAAUGCAUGCUCUGAACCGUCUGCCGGGGCCUUAUGUUAAGGCUUUUGUAGAGAGCGUCGGCAACGAGGGCCUCUACAAGAUGCUUGCUGCUUUUGAGGAUAAGACCGCCGAAGCCGUCUGUACCAUAGGCUAUUCUGCAGGACCAGGGGCCGAGCCAGUCCUCUUCCAGGGGAGGCUAUUGGGCAAGAUAGUCCCCGCGAGGGGUGCCUCCUCGUUUGGGUGGGAACCCAUCUUCGAACAUGGCGGGGAGACAUUGGCCGAGAUGGAUGUGGACAAGAAGAAUGGACUGUCUCAUCGAUUCAACGCCGCGCAGAAGUUGAGCGAGUGGUUGAAACGGAAUGAAGGGACGGUAUAGUCCAUAUGAAACUUACAAACAAGCAGCCCGACCCCAAUCGAUAGAAUAGAAUUUCCAUGUUCCAAAUUGGUCAUGUGUCAAACCUACCUAGCGUUCUUUCAUAGAUUGGAAGUAAAAUGAAGAGACCAGGCCAGUUCCACGUUAUUGCUACAUCAUAUGGGCUUCCAAGGCAAACUCCUCCCGCAAUACAUCGGACAA